CCACAAACAUGGCAGCCAGCGGUGUGAGUGCAGAAAACUCCGUAAGAAAAAGACGCGUGGACGGCAGAAGGACAGAGACAGACUCCGUCUCAUCCAGCAGGAGAGAAAAUGGAGCAAACAGCAGCAGAGACACAGAGAAAGAAAAGAAGCUUUUGUCUUUACAGCCUGGUUCUUACUGGCUCACGCGGAUUGUGCUGCUGCGCUCCGUUGCCUUUAUUUACUUUGUGGCCUUCAGUAUCGCUUACAGCCAGAACAAACAGCUGAUAGGAGAGAACGGCCUAAUGCCCUGUAAAAACUACCUGAACAGUGUGAAACGUUAUGUGGGAGGGAAGAUCGGCAUGGCCGCAUUGGCAUACACCCCGUCCAUCCUCUGGUUCUUGGACUGGAGCCACAUGGACGCCAACCUCGAUGGCAUCGCCUUGGUGGGGUUGACAUUGUCUGGGUUUGUCCUGGUGACAGGAAUGGCCAAUAUUGUUAUCAUGGUCUCACUGUGGGUGCUUUACCACUCUCUGGUCAACGUUGGGCAGCUCUGGUACUCCUUUGGUUGGGAGAGUCAGCUGUUGGAGACAGGCUUCCUGGCUAUUUUCUUGUGUCCAAUGUGGACUCUGUCCCAGGUACCCGAACGCUGCCCCCCCUCCAUCAUUUGCAUUUGGACCUUCAGAUGGCUCAUUGUUCGCAUCAUGCUGGGCGCUGGUCUUAUAAAGAUCAGAGGCGACCAAUGCUGGAGAGACCUCACAUGCAUGGACUACCACUAUGAGACCCAGCCAGUACCCAACCCCAUGUCGUACUACAUGCAUCGCUCUCCGUGGUGGUUCCACCGCUUCGAGACCUUGUCCAGCCACUUCAUAGAGCUCAUCGUCCCAUUCUUUACUUUCCUGGGAAGGCGGAUGUGCAUGAUAAAUGGAGCAAUUCAGAUUCUUUUUCAGGUGGUUUUGAUCUUGAGCGGAAACCUCAGUUUCCUGAACUGGCUCACAAUUGUUCCAAGUUUGGCCUGCUUUGAUGACGCGUCGCUGGGCUUCCUGUUUCAUUCGGGGUCUGGAGCCAAAAAGGCAGCGAUAGAGAUGCAGAAAAAGCACACAGCCAAACAUGCCCUCAAACCCACUAAAGGUAUGUUGAUACGUAAAGUGGUAAACAUUUCUUUGGGCAUUCUGAUUGGCUGUCUGAGCAUCCCUGUGGUGAUGAACCUGCUGAGUUCACGGCAGGUGAUGAACACCUCCUUCAACCCAUUGCGCAUCGUCAACACCUACGGGGCUUUCGGCAGCAUCACGAAGGAGCGUACUGAAGUGAUUUUCCAGGGAACUCUCAGCGCAGAUCCCAAAGACCCUGAGGCAGUCUGGGAGGAGUACCAGUUCCUCUGUAAGCCAGGAGAUGUGUACCGGCGACCCUGCCUCAUAUCGCCGUAUCACUACCGGCUGGAUUGGCUCAUGUGGUUCGCUGCCUUCCAGACCUAUGAGCAGAGUGAGUGGGUGAUCCACAUAGCAGGACGUCUGCUGUCCAAUGACAGCACCGUCCUCUCGCUGCUCCACCACAACCCCUUCCAAGGGAGAAACCCACCCAGAUGGGUCAGAGGGGAACAUUUCAUAUACAAGUUCAGCCAGCCGGGCAGCACCAGCGCAGCAAACGGCAAGUGGUGGCUCAGAAAACGGAUCGGCCCAUACUUCCCUCCUGUGGACCUGGAAUCACUACGAGGCUACUUCCAGUCCAGGAACUGGCCUCAUCCACACAUACCAGCUACCAGCAGCUAAUGCCACGUCUGGCAUGAGCUCAGACUGCAGCAUCAGCAGGAAAUCAGUUUGAAAAAGUCAGUUUCAGCUCCACAUUUCUUGUUACAGUCACCAUGGAUGCCACGACGCUCGAUGAGGAACUCCUUGAUGAAACCUUUCCUGUUACUAAACAUCCCAAACAGUAUGACAGUUUGUGAAGUUUUAAUUUGAGAUUUAUCUCCAACCAGCACAAAUAAGCUGCGUUACUGCUCAUCUUUCUUUCAAAACUCAAGUACAUAAACAACUGAAAAUGAUUACAGUCAAUAUUAAAGAGGAUUGAACCAUCAGGGUGUUGCCCUGCUACUGCAUUAGCUGUAUGUGUCCUGCUAAUUCCUUCACUUUCCUAAUAAAUCUAAUAACUUUAGUUCUGGCUAAAUAUUUAGCAUAUGAUCCUCAUUUUAGGGUUGCAGUUGAAAACAACUUGAGCUCAACCUGAAAGUGAAAGCAGUGUGUUAACUGGAAAAAAACCCCAGUGAGCGGGAAGCAAAGAAAAUUAAAGGAUUUUCUUUCUUUCUUUCUUUCUUUCUGAAGCAGCAUCUGAUCAACUUUUAUUCACGUAAUUUCAGAUUAAUGACGACAGGAUGGCAUAUAAGUAAGGUCUAUUUUUCCAAAGGUAAAGAGGGCCAGAGGAUGUCUUUCUAUAUAUGUUGUUGGAAAAAUCACGACAAAACUGUAACACUAAGGCGAAAUAAUGAUGUGAAAAAUAAAAAAACUCAAUCAUGAUUAAAGAGACCUAAAAAUAAAUAAAAAUGAAUAAUAAAGCUAGAAUUGUUGCUGUGAAACAGCCGUGUGAAUGCAUUCUGCUGAAUACAUACCACCUCCUCUGCUACAAAAGCAGAUGUCGGUUAAUAUAUAUGCAGAUAUAGUUGAUGUGCCAGUGGAAACUUUUAAUUUCACUGCUACAUUGUGUACACCGAUGUGUUUUCCACAGCCUUGAUCAAAUCAAUUGCUUCUGUGAAACUUUAUAAUCAUGCAUGCAGUUUUUUAGAACCCAAAGAAAGAAUGUGGCUCGGAGGAUUUCAAUCAGUUUAGGUAUUUCCUGAUUUCUUUGAGAAAGAAAUUAAACCAGAUCUUCCCCCAGGAGCUGAAUAAAGUGACUGCGACAUUGUGUAAUGCAUAUAAAAAACAAAACAGAGUGAUUUCAUUUCUGUAGCUGGGUCUAGUAAAGAACAGAAGAACCUCUACUUUAUAUUCAAGACAGAUGGGUAAAAUACCACUACCUGAAGGGGACUGGUUUAACAUAUGUGAUGUCCAGCGAACCACUUCCAGCUCCAGGAUGUAAAAGGAAUUUUAGAUUCUUUAUUUCUCAUAAAACGAAAAAAAAAAAAAACUUGCUGGGGUUGAAAGCAGAUCAUUAG